AGCUCCCUUGCGAAAUGUCUUUCCUGUGGCGUGCGUUCCUGGCACUGUGCUUGAUUGUGGUCCUUGAGUCGGGACUGGGUUCUACUUCUCCACAAUACUGCACUACCUAUGAUGAGAAGCCAGGCAGGUGUCUUCGCUUCCAGGACUGCCCAUACAUCCUUAAAGUUGUAAACAAAGUAAUACAGGGCAAAGCACUGACCAUCAGAGAAAAAGAAAUCCGUGAAAACUCAUAUCAACCUUGUCAUAAGAUCAAGAAAACUAUUUGCUGCGCGGACCCCGUUAAUCACAGGGGAUUGAAGCUUCUGAAGGAAGAGGAUGCGAAUUGCGGAAUAUUUGAAGAGCUCUUGGUGAUGGGUGGCGUUGAAGUCAGAAUGGGAUCGCGGCCCUGGAUGGCUCUGCUUAAGUACGGGGGCUUUCCAUACAGGGAAUCCUUCAGAUGCGGGGCCACCGUAAUUACUCCACGCUACCUCCUGACUGCCGCCCACUGCCUUAACGUGUUGCAGCCAUAUUCAGUUCGUCUGGGAGAGCAUAAUAUCAUGACACAAAAGGACUGUGCCGCUUAUGGAAAGGAGGUUUUCUGCCAGCCGCGCUACCAGGAUGUGGAAGUCCACAGCUUCGUCAUCCACCCGGACUUCAAUCCAAUAACGGGACACAAUGACAUUGCUCUGAUACGGCUGGUCAGGAAAAUCGACACCUCCAGGUUCACGCCCAUCUGUCUGCCAAUUUACGACCAAGUCCAGCAGAAGAUUCGCAACAGCACGGAGCAGUGGGUCACCGGCUGGGGUCUGUUCGGCAAGGAGCUAUCCGAUGUCCUACGAGAGGCACAAGUGAAGCGCCUGCCUCACAACUGCCGCAGUUCCUUAAUAGACAGUCAGCUAUGUGUCACGGCCUUAGGCAACGACAGCUGCCGGGGUGACUCCGGGGGUCCAUUGGCCUAUCCGUAUUUCUACAAGGAUUCGCAGCGAAUUGUCCAGACGGGAAUUGUCAGUAAGGGACCCACUCCAUGCGGCAAAUCAAAGUCUGCUAUAUACACCGAUGUGACCAAAUUUGUGCCAUGGAUAACACAGAACAUAAGGGCUUAAUAGCUUAUUAAAUCUAUAUAAUUUAAAUCCAUUUCAAGUUUAAUAUGUGAAUUGAAUUAUUGUGAAUCUUGAA